AUGUCCGACGCUCAGUUCCAGAAGGCCGUUGAGAUCGUUCGCUCGCUCCCCCCUGACGGCGAGGUCAAGCCCACCCAGGACCAGCAGCUCGAGUUCUACGCCCACUUCAAGCAGGCCAACGAGGGUGACGUCUCGGGCCCCGCUCCCGGCGCCUUCAACUUCACUGCCAAGUACAAGUACAACGCUUGGAAGAAGCUCGAGGGCACGAGCAAGGACGAGGCCAAGGCCAAGUACGUCGCUCUCCUCAAGGGUAUGCUCGAGUCGGCCAGCGACGAGACCUCGAAGAAGCUCCUUGCCGAGCUCGAGGCCGCUGCCUAG